AUGACACCAGAGCAGAUCCCUCUCGGCUACUACACGCACCUCAACUUUGCCUUCGCGUACAUCGACCCUCAGACCUUCCACAUCGCCCCGAUGAACAACAGCACGGCGUCACUGUACAAGGCAGUGUGGAUCGCCAUUGGGGGCUGGGCCAUGAACGAUGCCAGUCCGACUCAAUUCAUCUUCUCUGACCUGGCGGCCUCACAAACUGCCCAAGACGCAUUCUUCGACUCGCUCCUCAGCUUCCUGCAGGCCAAUGAAUUUGCCGGGGUGGACUUGGACUGGAAGUAUCCGGUGUCAGAGGAUCACGGCGGUCGCCCAGCAGAUUUCGUCAAUUUCGUGACGCUGCUGAAGCGACUCAGGGAGCGCUUGAAUCAGUCGGGGCGAAAAUACGGCAUCUCGAUUACUUUGCCCGCAUCCUACUGGUAUCUCCGCGGCUUCGACAUCAUCAAUCUCGAACCCCACGUGGACUUCCUCAACAUGAAGACCUAUGACAUUCACGGAACCUGGGACAAAACCAAUCACGACGACCCCUACAAAGCCUACGCGCACACCAACCUCACGGAAAUCAACCGCGCCCUCGAGCUCCUCUGCCGCAACAACAUCAACCCCGCCCGCGUGAACCUGGGCCUGGGCUUCUACGGCCGCAGCUUCACGAUGAAAGACCCACAUUGCACGACGCCAGGCUGCCAAUUCACGGCCGGCGGUCGCCCCGGCGAGUGCACGACCACUGCCGGCGUGCUGUCCAACACGGAGAUUCAGAAGGUGCUCGGCGCCAACGCCACGGGGACCCAUGUUACAUUCUACAAGGAGGAUGCCGUCAAGGUGCUCACGUGGGAUCAAGAUCAGUGGGUGAGCUACGAUGAUACGGAAAUACUGAAGCUCAAGCUGGAGCUGGCGAAUCGCCGGUGUCUGGGGGGCACGAUGGUGUGGGCGGUGGAUCUGGAUGCGGAUGGGAUGCUGAAUGAGGCGUUGGGGUCGGCAAUGGGGAUGAAGAAGGCCCAGGUCUGA